GAGCCGAGGCAGCAACUUGGGUUGGCUUCUUAUUCGGGUUCCCAGUUCCCACCCGAAACCCUAAACUCUGAACUCCCAAGGACCACCGCCUCUGCCCGCGCUUAUCCCCCACCGUUCUCCGGCUGCCGCGGCGAAGGAUUCCGGCGACCACGUCCCGCUCCUUCCAUACUUCUUGAAAGGAAAGAUUCUGGUUAGGUCUAUGUAAGCAGAUAGUGCAUCAGAUCAAAUAUGAUUCAAGCAUCUUCUGGAAAUUGACUGUGCAUCCUACCAGCACACUUUUGUUUGUUGAAGUUGGUGAAAGUAUAUUUAAGUGUUCAGGUUUUGGUGACAUACCAUCUGCACCAUGUCUAUUAUCCCUACCACCCCUACUCAGACUGCUAGUGAAGAAAAUGAUAGCAAUAUGGUACAGAUGUCAAAAUCCAUAACUCAAAAACGGCCAAGUAGGUUGAGGUCUGCUGUGUGGAAUGAUUUUGAAAGAAUUAAGAAGAAUGGCAAGGACAUGGCUGUCUGCAAUCUAUGUAAGAAGGAAUUUGUGGGAGGGACUAGCAGCGGUACGUCACAUUUGAAAAAACAUCUAGAGAGAUGCCCCAGAAGAGCCAAUGCUGAUGACAGCCAGCAAUUGCUUUCGGUACGAAAGAAGAGAAGAGAGAGAACUGUCACUGUAAGCAAUGUUAAAUUUAGCCAAGAAAGAAGUCGACUUGACCUUGCACAUAUGAUCAUUUUACAUGGAUAUCCAUUUUCGAUGGUUGAGCAUAUUGGGUUCAGGGUGUUUGUGAACAAUCUUCAACCUGCAUUUAACAUGGUAUCACUUGACACUGUCAAGGCAGAUUGCUUGGCAAUUUAUGAGAAAGAGAAUGAGAAACUGAAGCAAAUCUUGGCAAAUAUUUCUGGUAAGGUUAGUCUUACGACAGAGAUGUGGACUUCUUGUGAGAAUGUGGCCUACUUGUGCUUGGUGGGACAUUUUAUAGAUGAUGGGUGGGAACUGCAGAGAAAGAUUCUCAAUUUUGUAAUGGUAGGAUCCCCUCAUACUGGUGAAGCACUUUCUGAGAUCCUUGAAUCGUGUCUAAUGGAGUGGAAUAUUCCUCAUAAAGUGUUUGCAAUAACGUUAGAUGAUUCGCUUGAAAAUGGAAAUCUCGUCACUAGAAUCAGAGAGUCACUCUACCAAAAAAGAUUGCUUAUGACUGAUGCACAGCCAUUUCACAUGCGAUGUGCUGCACACGUUCUCAAUAUGGUCGUUCAAGAUGGCUUAACAGCAGUACAUGAUGUGAUCCACAAGAUUCGUGAGACUAUAAAGUAUAUCAAAAGCUCACAAGCAAGAGAGCAAAAGUUCAAUGAAUCAGUUCAUCAGGCUCGAGUUCAUAGUCAAAGGAGCUUGUGUCUUGAUAUCCCAACUCAAUGGAGUUCUACAUAUCUCAUGAUCGAAGGCGCUUUAGAAUACAAGGAUGCAUUGUUUCGUAUGCAAAAGCUUGAUGCUAGCUACACUUUUUCUCCAACAGCUCGAGAAUGGGAAAUGGCAAGUAGCAUUAACAUUAUCCUGAAGCCAUUUGUUGAGGUUACCCAUAUUUUCUCAGGGACUAAAUUCCCAACUUCAAAUCUCUUUUUCCCAUCAAUUUGCUCGAUUAUGUUUCAACUGAAUCAGUGGGGUAGCAGUGGAGAUGCCUUUGUGCAUUCUGUGGCAUUGAAGAUGAAAGAAACUUUUGAUACAUAUUGGGCUACCUGCAGCUUGAUUUUGGCAGUUGCUGUUAUCUUAGAUCCUCGAUUCAAGAUGAAGUUAGUAGAGUAUUAUUAUCCACAAAUAUAUGGUAUAAACGCUGCAGAUCAAAUCAAAGAUACCUAUGAUGGAAUUUUGAGCCUUUACAAUGAGUAUGCUACCCGUUCAAACUCGACUUUGCCUUCUCAAGACAACAGACGGACAGGAAACGGUAACAGAAAUGAUUCUGGUGUUAACUUAUCGAUGAACCUUACCAAUGAUCCAAGAGAUAUGUUGAAAGGAUUUGAUGAAUACCUCUCUGAAACUUCACAAAGCCACCAGUCAAAGACGGAUUUGGAUCUCUAUUUAGAAGAAGCAGUAUUUCCACGGAAUGUGGAGUUUAACAUUUUAAAUUGGUGGAAAGUCAAUACGCCUAAGUAUCCUAUUUUGGCUAGGAUGGCUCGUGAUGUUUUAGCCAUCCCUGUUUCAACUGUAGAAUUGGAUUCAACUUUCAACACUGGAAGCAAGAUGCUCGACACUUAUCGGAGUUCGCUAGAUCUGCAGACACUGCAAGCUCUGAUGUGUGCACAAGAUUGGUUGCAAGAAAAAUUGGAUGUUCUACCACUGUCCACAAGCUAUUCCGAAUCUGCUCUCACUGUUCUCAACCAUGUUUAGGUGGAAAACUGGAUUCUGGGUGCAUGUUACAAGCCUAUCCGAUGGCUUUAACUUCUGUUAAUAUAUGAUUUAGAUUCAGUUAAUUCAGAAGAUCGGGUUUAGAUAGUGCGGCUUUGCAUCAUGUCAAGUUCUCAGCCUCUAACAUUGUAGAGAUCUCUGGAGUUCUUAGCCCUUAACAUUGUAGAAUGAUGAGCGGUUUUCCUUUUUCCUUUUCCCUUUUUUUCGGGACAUGUUUCCCUUGCAGUUUGUUGUAUGUACCGCUAGCUGCUGGAAAAUAUGUGGAACUUCAACUUUUCAAUGGAAAAUCUCAAAAGCGUGAUCAGUUUAAUUCCA